UUGAAACGCGACGGUUUUGCUUUUUCGGAGCGCGGGUGCUGCCAAAAUAUCAGAAUUAAUAAAAGUGCCGACCGCUCGCGAGUUUUGUUUCUGGCCAAAAAGCGAUUGCUAUAACGCUUAUUUGAUUAACUUGAAAAAUCUGAAAAAUGCACAGCAAGCUGUAGGAAAAGCCCACGAAUUGUGUUGUGCCAGCCAAGUGGAAAAAUCAAACGAGGCCAAAGAAGACAACGUCGCUAUUAGGAGGAGGCCAAGCCCCAAAAAGCGAGGACAAUACCGCCGUGGACCCAUGCAAAUUCUGGUGAAAUCUCUUGACUGGAGCCGCAGCUGAAGUUGCUGCUCGCCGAUCCAACUGGCGCAGAUAGAUUGCUCGCGGAGCACAUUUCCGCACUUGGUGGGACAGUGGGACUAGACUGUUUGUAUACACUGCAUCCAUCCAGCCGAGAACCGAUCCACAAGAUGCCCGGCCACUUGCACGCCAUAGAUCUUUGAGGCCAGGCCUGCAAUAUUUGAAGAGCACUGCUGCACUGCUGCUGGUGCCGCAAUCUGUGGAUAAAUUGUAAUAAAUAGCCAGACAAACGAAUACUUGGCACAAAAAUAAAUAAGAAUCGAAGAACGCGGAACGAAAAGCACUGCGCACGCAUUGCAACACAGAUAUCUGGAUUCGUAGCCAUUCGAGGUGUGUGGAGUGCAUUGGCCAGAUCGCUUGGGUCAUAAUCACUCCUCAUCCAACCCCAUACCACUUUCUGGACUUCUGACUCCACAUAGACGUAGGUCGCGGCCAAAAAGUGUUCCAGCCCAGAGGCAAUCGCAACCGGAGCGAGGUGUACACCUUUGGCACCAUGGAGGGCGGUUACGUCAACGAAGAGGAUUCUGACGCCAUAAUGGGCGUGGAAAGUCCAGCCAUCAUAUCCUUUACCAAUCCCAAACUGCAAAUGCCAUUGAUGGCAUCUGCCAUUUACGCGCCCACCACCACCACCACCACCACCACAUCAACAGCCGGCACUCCGACAUCAGCCAAAAACGCAUCCGCAUCCGCAUCUGCUUCUGCUUCAUUAUCAUCGCCAGCAGGUCCUUUGGCGGCAGGAUCGGCCAGCACAUCCUCUGCCGCCGCGGGCGGAGGUCCUUGGCAAGGACUCGUUGCCAAACUGCGUAACUUUAAGCUCGACGAUACGAAAAACAUACGAAAACGUUUCCAUUUCGAUUACAUUUCAAAGGACAGAUUUUUGGGCGGUCAGCUGAAGACCAAAAAUGGCCAAAAGUACGUUUUCAAUGGACCCCCAUCGGGCGUUUAUGUGUCCAAAGCCUGCCUGAUCAUCGCUGCCUUCAUCACCGUGCUGGCCCUACUCUUCACCAUUGCCAUAACCUAUUUUGUGACCAGGCAGGGAUUGAAUCCCAAGGAGGUGGCUCCCAGUUGCAUCACCGCCGAUCAUCCCGAUGUGAAUGCGACGCCCAUCCAAACCGCCGGCUGGGUGAGCAUGAAUUCCCCGCCUCCUCUGGAGGCAGCCACGCCCACUGCGAUGGCAAGUCCCACGCCUACAAACACACCCACCGUAACCACAACCUUGGCCAUGCCUGCGUCGAGUGCGAAGCCCGAAACCAGGAUGGUGGAUCCGAAAGUGGGUGACAUUCCGGCGGUGGAGCCAGCAGCAGGAGAAGUCGAGGAUAACACGACCAAGCCCAUCAAUCGUCCACUUAAGCUCUACGAAGGAUGGCGUCCACUUCACUAUAGCCUUUUGAUUGAGCCAAGUGUGGCAACAUCUAUCAGCAACGGCAGCCUGACCAUCGAGAUCGAACGCGAUGUGUCCAAGGUGACCAGCUGGGAGCCCAUCGUGCUCGACGUGCACAACGUGAGCAUCUCCAAUGUCCGGGUGAUCCGCGCCCUUGCGGAUGGUGCCAGCAAUGCCAGUGAAGAACAGGACUUGGAUUUCGACAGCGACUACGGGGAGGAUAAUGCCACGUUUGUGAUUCAAUUGGGCAAGGCUUUGGCGGUGGAGACCCAGCUGAGAGUGCUGCUCAGUCUGGAUUUUGUCAGCCAGGUGACGGAUACACUGCAGGGCGUCUACAAGACCAGCUACACCAAUCCGGAAACCAAGAAUGAAGAAUGGAUGAUAAGCACUCAGUUCUCGCCCGUCGAUGCCCGUCGCGCCUUUCCCUGCUUUGAUCGACCGGACAUGAAAGCCAACUUCUCGAUCAGCAUAGUCAGACCCAUCCAGUACAAGAUGGCCCUGUCCAACAUGCCCAAGUCGGGCAGCCGCCGCUUCCGUCGUGGCUUCAUAAGGGACGAUUUCGAGACCACGCCGAAGAUGCCCACUUACCUGGUUGCUUUCAUCGUGUCCAACAUGGUGGAUUCGCGGCUUGCCAGUCAGGACAGUGGGAUAACGCCGCGAGUGGAGAUCUGGACGCGACCCCAGUUCGUGGGUAUGACUCACUAUGCGUACAAGAUGGUGCGAAAGUUCCUGCCCUACUACGAGGACUUCUUCGGGAUCAAGAAUAAGCUGCCCAAAAUCGAUUUGGUGUCCGUGCCGGACUUUGGAUUCGCUGCCAUGGAAAACUGGGGCCUGAUAACCUUCCGCGAUUCGGCGCUACUGGUGCCCGAGGAUCUGCAGCUGGCCUCCUCAUCCGAGCACAUGCAGGUAGUGGCCGGAAUCAUUGCCCACGAGCUGGCCCACCAGUGGUUCGGCAACCUAGUGACCCCGAAGUGGUGGGACGAUCUCUGGCUGAAGGAGGGCUUCGCAUGCUACAUGAGCUACAAGGCGCUGGAACACGCCCAUCCGGAGUUCCAGAGCAUGGACACUCUGACCAUGCUGGAGUUCAAGGAGUCGAUGGAGCACGAUGCGGACAACACCUCGCAUGCCAUAUCCUUUGAUGUGCGCUCCACCAACGAUGUCAGGCGGAUUUUCGAUCCCAUCAGCUACUCAAAGGGCACCAUUCUGCUGCGCAUGCUCAAUUCGAUCGUGGGCGAUGUGGCCUUCCGUUCGGCCACUCGUGAUCUUCUGAAAAAGUUCGCCUAUGGAAACGUGGACAGAGAUGAUCUGUGGGCCAUGCUCACGCGCCAUGGUCACGAACAGGGUACUCUGCCCAAGGAUCUGAGUGUCAAGCAGAUCAUGGACUCGUGGAUCACCCAGCCCGGUUAUCCGGUGGUCAAUGUGGAGCGUCGUGGUGCUGAUCUCGUGCUGCGCCAGGAACGCUAUCUGCUGCCCUCCAAGAACACUGCGGAUCAGAGCACCUGGUUCAUACCCAUCACCUUCGAGACGGAUGAGCUGCGCAAGGGCGACAACAUACCCACCCACUGGAUGAGGAGCGAGGACGAAGAGGAGCUCAUCGUGGGCGAUGUCUUCGCGCACAGCAGUAACAGCGACAACGUGAUCUAUCUGAAUCUCAACCGGCAGGGUUACUAUCGUGUCAACUACGACAUGACCUCUUGGCUGGCGCUCAAGAAGAACUUUAGCACAUUGCCCAGGAUCACAAGGGCACAGUUGCUGGAUGAUGCACUGCAUCUGUCGCAGGCGGAAUACCUUACCUACGACAUACCAUUGACCUUCCUGAUGGAGCUGUUCGAUGCUGUGGAUGAUGAGCUGCUGUGGAUUGCCGCCAAACCUGGUCUUAACUAUCUGAUCUACAACCUGAAGAGGGAGCCUGCCUAUGAAACAUUCAGGGCCUUCAUGAAAUUCAUCGUACGUCCCGCUUUUGAUCACUAUGGCCUGAAUGAGCCGGACAAUGAGUCCCACUUGCAACUGAAGCACCGCGCCCUGGUGGCCUACUUUGCCUGCAAGUUCAACUACGAUCGCUGCACCCAAAAGGCGCAAAUGAAGUUCCGCGAGUGGAUGCGUGAUCCCAAAAACAAUCCCAUUAAGCCAAACCUAAAGUCUGUGAUCUACUGCACCUCCUUGGCGGAGGGCUCGUCACCGGAAUGGUAUUUCGCCUACAAACAGUACAAGACAACCACCAGUGCUUCCGAGAAGGAGGAGAUACUCACCUCGCUGGGCUGCACCACCAAACCCUGGCUGCUGUCCAAGUACCUCAACAUGACCAUCAAUCCAACAUCGGGCAUACUGAAACAGGAUGGCGCCUUGGCCUUCCGCGCGGUGGCCUCCAAUGCCAUUGGUCAUGAGAUAGCAUUUGAUUUUCUGCAGGGCAACAUAAAGGAGAUUGCCGAAUACUAUGGCGAUGGCUUCUCCACGCUGUCCGAGAUGAUCAAGUCGCUGACCAUCUACAUGAACAAGGACUACCACAAGCACCAGCUCCUGGACCUGGCCGCUACGUGCCGCAAACUGGGACUCCAUGCCGUGGAAUCGGCCAUCGAGUUGGCCCUGGAGCAGGUGAACAACAACAUCUACUGGCGCAGCCACUCGUACCACAGCCUGAAGAACUUCCUUGAGGGGAUCGUCAGCGAGUUCCAGAUCAAUAUCUUUUAGGGGAGCAUAUGGAAGUUGGAAAUGGGGGAGAACUCAAAUUGAUUUCAACCAAAAACGCGAUUUAGUUAUUGUAACUAUUACCAUUAUUUGUAUUCGUGCAAAGGCCUCAAAUUAAUUUAAUCAAACGAAUUAUUUGCGAAAAGUGAUAUAAACGUGUAAGUUAGCCAGCAUAAUUUAGGUAACCGAUUUACUUUUUGCAAUUGUAUAUUUAUUUAUUUGUAAGACUCGCUUCUUUUGCUUUUCGGCAUUGCUCUGCAACGUUCCUACUAAAAAAUAGAAAGCAAUCGGAAAAUGCAUAGUUCGAAUAACUCCCAUUCAUCACUUCAGGCAUCAGUUUAAGUCCACAACACAAUAUCUGCCGCGAAAUAUCUAAAGUGUAAAACCUGUAUUAUCUAUAUCUAUAUCUAUACUUAUGAUUGUCAAGUACUUUGUGUUUGCACACCUUUAGAUCCUAAGUGAAUCAAUCUAGCACUAAGUAAACCAAAAAUCUAUUUUGUAGUCGAUCCUAUCAAGGAGUUUAAAGGUCCUGGAAGGAAACUGAGCGUGGGAAGAUAUUGAAACUGAGUGUCCUUAGUACAUGGUUUAAAUUGUUUGCUAAAGCAAGAGUAGUACACACACAACACACAAAUAUAUUUAUUAAUGUACGAGUACCUAUUAUGUAUUUUGUAAAGCCCAACACGGAAAUACUUGUAUUGCUGCUGCACAACCAUGUAAAUAAGUUUUAAAGCUUACACUAAACACUUAAAUAAACUAUGUAUUUACGUAAUUUUA